AUGGGGCGACAAGCGUAUUUGAAUAGACUGGCUCUGGGCCGGUCCCCAUAUGAAGCUCCAGAGCGUCCCGAAGGAUCUACCGCAGAUCUUGCUCCCUCAGCCCAGCGAAGGAGAUCAACUUUGUAUGCGGACGAUUAUGUCCAAGACUACGAUGAAAGAGGUCAUCCAGUCAAUCAUGAAUCCAAAGUAUUCGGUAGAGAGCUCCGAAGAGCUAAAAAUGACAUUCUUUCCACCAUGGGAAUCGUCGUUAGCGAAGAUGGGAACACUGGUGGCCCUAGUGAACAGCAAAGAGCCGAGAUGUUGGCUGCUGAGAAUGAUUACGGAUUGGUGAUGGCUACCAUAGACCAAGUUUCGGUUUUCCUUGGCACAUGGUGGACGUCGUCACUAGCAGGCCGGAUACAAACUUUCAAAAGCUACACGCACGCUCCUCUGCUGGGCAUCAUGGGCCGUGAGCGUGCAUUCCUUGGGAUACAUGGAUUUUAUUUCGCGGGGAUUCCGGCCUGGGCUAUGUGGACAUGCCUCCGCUUUCCUGAUGACGAUGCAUUGUCUAAGAUUGUGCGGGCAUCUUUCAAUAUCUUGCAUUCUGCAACAAGAGGAACCUUGCUUGUUUUAGCUGUGCAGACAUACAUGUAUUCAUUAUUACAAGCCCUCCAUCUCGUGCCUUCGUCGUUCUUCCCGACAGCUAGGUUUCUCAUCCCGUUCGGUGAAAUGGCCGCUAUUCAAUUCCCCCCCUUACCUGCAGACUUCUCUCUUCAGUCGCUUGGUGGAUAUUGUUUAACCUUGGCAAAAGCGCCCUCGCUCUUGCUCUAUGUUUAUAUGUACCUGCGCCCGGUCAUAGAAAUAAGGCUCUAUCGGUUAAUCCGGAGGCGGUUGCCUAAGCCUACGCUAGCCGAUGAGCUUUCUAUCAAAGUGGCAUCUGACAACGACCUUAUCGACUGGAUGGUUCCAACCCUUGGGCGACGGUCUGAAGAGGAGAACCGCCGGAGUAAUAUGUCCUUUGCCGAGGACAUAUUGUACGAAGUGAAUUUCCUUCGGAGAUGGGUUCUAUCCUGGUUUGGUUUCAAGGAGCAACGGAUAUCACGGGCACCAGAGCAAGUGUCAGAUACACGACGCAGGCGAGAAUGGCUCGAAUCCUUACCGUUAAGCGUGGAGCAACUGUCAAACGAAAGACAGACUAGAGCCCGGCAACUACAGCUUCAGUCGACGGUUCCUCCUCCCCCGGAAGAAGUGAUCCGUGCUCAACCAGUCGCUUCUGGAACACUGGCAGCCAACGUGAGCGAUAUUAGUCGCGAUCGAGUGUUGCAUGGUGAAGAAAAUCCCAUUUCUCAAUCACCCGCAGAAAUGAGUGCUGGGGAAUUCCCUGACUUGGCUCUACUGGACCGAGUAAAUGAUGUGGCUCCCAUCAACAACUCAUCCGCCAUUGCGGACGACGCAGAGGAGAAUCGCCGCGAAGAUGUCUCUGAGAGCCGGCGGAAUUCACGCUCUAAUACUCUAUUUUCUCGACCGUCAUCUCCCGCAACGUCCUCUCCAACCUCACCUCGUGUUCGAGCUUCCUUAAUCCACCAGAACUCAGAGGUUAUCACAAUGCAGCUAGAACUUUUGAAUCCCCGAAAUACACCAAGAAAUGGCCAACUUAUCACCAGAACGGCGCUUGACGCCGACCAGGCCAAUGCUAAUGGUAUACCAACCGGCCGUCGAUCAUUCUCGGAAGUACUGGAUGCACUUCUAGCCAACCAAGGUCAGGCCGCUAUUGUCAACCCGGACACAGCUGACAGUGAUGGACUCUCUAACUUAACCGCCGCUGUUUCACCCGAAGCCGGACAAAGCCCAAUGGUCAUUACACCCAAUCAGUUGAACCCAAGGGCAGAGACGACCUCAGGUACUGGGCCAGAGCCAGUGUCAACGCUAGGCAGCAUCUUGCCUGACAGUGUGGAGGAGCCAGGCCCAGAGGACAACCAUGAUGGAAACCCUGGGACGGAACCCGCCCAUGAAAACGACUUCGAUUCAGAAAUAUACCCCCGGAUAUCCGACCCCAAUGUUCGCCAACAAACAGCCGCUAGUACUACCUCCUCCAUCGCUCACCGAGUCACGAUUCUUUCUUCUCACCCUGUUGACUCUCUCGCGUCCCAUCUUGCUUCUAUGAUCACGGGUGUGCUUUUCCUCCCGCUCGAAUCCCUCUAUCUGCGCUCGGUUGCUUCCGCCUAUCUAUCAUCCGUAGGAUCUCCUGCGUUGAGCUCUGAAGUUCGUGAAUUGGGUGCAUGGGGUGGCGGUGGCUCGCGAACUGAUAUCACCGCCUACAUGGGGAAAAUGGCCUUGAUGGUAGGCAUGCAAGCCGCUGUGAAUGCUAGCGUUUGGGGCAUCGUUUCCGGCACCGCUAUCAAAAUUGGCAGGAAGUUUUGUGGCUGGGGCACUCUAUGA